AUGGAGGGACGUUUCGACCAACAAGUGCCUUACAUUAAUUCUCAUGAGAAAACCUCCAACUCAAAAGCAGCUAAGGACAGAAAAAGAAAAUUAAUUAACUCCGACCUGGCUUUGGACUCUCACGAGCUUUUUCAAGAUCUAAGUCAACUUCAGGAGACGUGGCUAGCAGAGGCUCAAGUUCCUGACAAUGAUGAGCAGUUUGUUCCAGAUUUUCAGAGUGAAAACUUGGCAUUCCAUAGCUUCCAGUUGAAGAUCAAGCGGGAACCUCACAGUCCGUGUGCAGAGCUGGGGUCCAGCUGUAGCCAGGAGAGGCACUUCAAGCUCCACUAUGGAGAAAAGUGUCUGUACAAUAUCAGGUAUGCCCAAGGACAGAUUUUUUUUGUGGAUUUUUCCAGUGCCUAUGAGCAGAAGCAGCCUACAGGAAUGAAACCCUCCAGCCCAGCAACAACUCCCUGUAGCACCCCUGUGUCCCCGCGGCACCAUGCGUCUCCCAGUGCUGCACCCACGCCCAAACCAGACAGAACAUACCCCCAUUUGGCCCCCACCCAGCCUAUCCCUGAUGGCACCUUCUCUAUGGACCACAGAUUUCGGCGUCAGUUGUCAGAACCCUGUCACUCAUUCCCGUCUCCACCCUCUAUGGCUCGGGAUGGGCGCCCCAUAUACCACAGACAGAUGUCUGAGCCCAGCAUCCUGUUCCCACCUCAGGGGUUCAAGCAGGAAUACCCGGACCCUCUCUUCGAACACCCGGCCAUGGUAGGAGCCCCAGUAUCCCAGGCGUAUCCCCAGUCUAUGAUGAUCAAACAGGAGCCUCGGGAUUUCACUUACGACUCAGAAGUGCCUAGCUGUCACUCUGUCUAUUUGAGACAAGAAGGGUACUUGGCUCAUGCCAAUAGAGCUGAAGGCUGUAUGUUCGAUAAAGUCGCUAGACACUUUUAUGAUGACACGUGUGUGGUCCCUGAAAAAACGGAAGGUGACAUUAAACAGGAGACGGGGCUUUUCCGUGAAGGCCCGACCUAUCAGCGCAGAGGAUCUCUGCAGCUCUGGCAGUUUCUUGUGGCUCUAUUGGAUGACCCAUCCAACUCACACUUCAUCGCCUGGACAGGCAGGGGCAUGGAAUUCAAACUGAUCGAGCCAGAAGAGGUGGCACGACGCUGGGGAAUUCAGAAAAAUCGACCAGCCAUGAAUUACGACAAACUCAGUCGAUCAUUACGCUACUAUUAUGAAAAAGGAAUCAUGCAAAAGGUGGCAGGGGAAAGAUAUGUUUACAAAUUUGUGUGCGACCCAGAGGCGUUGUUCUCCAUGGCGUUCCCAGACAAUCAGCGGCCUGUGCUGAAAACCGAUAUGGAGCGACAGAUCAAUGAGGAAGACACGGUUCCACUGUCGCACUUUGAUGAAAACAUGCCGUAUGUACAAGAAGGGACGUACUGCAACCCACAUCCCUACCACGAGGGUUAUGCCUAUUGA